AUGUGGAAGCUGAAGAUAGCGGGAGACGGGGAGUGGGUGAACAGCGGCAACGGCAACGUCGGACGGCAAGAGUGGGUGUUCGACCCAACCGCCGGCACGCCGGAAGAGAAGGCCGCCGUCGAGAAGGCUCGCCGGGAAUUCAAAGAGAAUCGAUUCAAGGCCAAGCAGAGUGCUGAUCUACUCAUGAGGAUGCAGCUUACCAAAGAGAACUCCGUAGGGGCGAUUCCCGCCGCCGUGAAACUGAACGGAAGUGAGGAGAUAACGGAAGAAGCGAUUUCAACCACACUGAGACGGGCCAUUAGCUUUUACUCGUCGAUUCAGGCCCAUGAUGGGCACUGGCCCGCUGAAUCUGCUGGGCCUCUUUUUUUCAUGCCUCCAUUGGUAUUUGCAUUGUACAUAAUGGGAUCACUCAACUCUGUCUUAUCAUCUGAACACCAAAAGGAAAUCAAGCGUUACAUCUACAAUCAUCAGAAUGAGGACGGCGGGUGGGGACUGCACAUAGAAGGCCACAGCACCAUGUUUGGAUCGGCAUUGAGCUACAUAUGCCUGAGACUCCUUGGUGAGGGUCCAGAAGAUGGGGAAGACAUGGCUGUUUUCAGAGGUCGGAAAUGGAUACUUGAUCAUGGCGGCCUUGUCAGAAUACCUUACUGGGGAAAGUUUUGGGUCUCUGUUCUUGGGCUAUACGAAUGGUCAGGUUGCAACCCUUCUCCCCCGGAGAUUUUGCUUUUGCCCUUAAGCUCCCCUGUUCAUGCAGGUAAGAUGUUGUGUUAUAGUCGUCUGGUUUACGUGCCGAUGUCUUAUCUUUAUGGCAAGAGAUUCGUUGGUCCGAUCACCGAACUAAUCCAGAGUUUAAGGGAAGAGCUCUACAAUGAGCCGUAUCAUCAGAUCAACUGGAAUGCAGCAAGGAAUACAGUUGCAAAGGAGGAUCUCUAUUACCCACAUCCUCUUGUACAAGACCUGACAUGGGGAUUCAUCCACCAUUUCAUGGAGCCAUUAUUAACACGAUUGCCACUCUCUAAGCUGAGGAAGAAAGCACUGAGGUUAGCCAUGGAACACAUACACUACGAGGAUGAGAACAGCAAGUACCUCUGCAUUGGAAGUGUUGAAAAGGUUCUGUGUCUGAUGGCUUGUUGGGUGGAAGAUCCCAAUUCAGAUGCAUGUAAGCAACACUUGGCUAGGCUCCCAGAUUACUACUGGGUUGCUGAAGAUGGGCUCAAGAUGCAGACAUUUGGCUGUCAAACUUGGGAUGCAGCUUUCGCGAUACAGGCAAUCGUGUCGGGUAACCUGAGUCACGAGUACGGGCCAACUCUUCGAAAAGCACACGAUUUCUUGAAGUCUGCACAGGUGAGGGAGAAUCCGAGUGGCGACUUCAAGGCAAUGUAUAGGCACAUAUCGAAAGGUUCAUGGACCUUCUCAACUCAGGAUCAUGGGUGGCAAGUUUCUGAUUGCACUGCUGAAGGACUCAAGUGUGCACUGCUGUACUCUCAAAUGCCUGUAGAACUCGUCGGCCAGCCGAUGGAAGCAGAGCAGUUGUUUGAUGCUGUUAAUGUCAUUCUUUCUCUCCAAAGCAAGAACGGUGGAUUCACAGCCUGGGAGCCACAAAGAGCAUACGGAUGGUUAGAGAAGUUCAAUCCAACAGAGUUCUUUGAAGACGCUAUGAUCGAGCGCGAAUAUGUUGAGUGCACAGGAUCAGCAAUGCAAGCUCUAGCUAUGUUCAGGAAGCACUACCCUAGCCACAGAAGUAAGGAAGUUGAUGCUGCUAUCGCCCGAGGAGCUGACUACAUCGAGCAAACACAGAACAAUGACGGCUCGUGGUAUGGUUGUUGGGGGAUUUGCUACACCUACGGGACGUGGUUUGCAGUGGAAGGGCUGGUUGCUUGCGGCCGAAGCUACACAAACAGUCAUGCCCUGCGAAAAGCAUGCCGAUUCUUGUUGUCCAAGCAACUCCCUUGUGGUGGAUGGGGUGAGAGCUACCUCUCCAGCCAAAACAAGGUAUACACCAAUCUGCAGGGGGAUAAGGCAAAUCUGGUUCAAACUGCAUGGGCGUUGCUCUCCCUUAUCCAUGCCGGUCAGGCUAAUGUGGAUUCAGCACCGAUCGAGAAGGGGAUGAAACUGUUGGUUAAUUCACAAAUGGAUGAUGGUGACUUCCCCCAGCAGGAACUCACAGGAGCUUUCAUGAGGAAUUGUACACUGCACUACUCCUCGUACAGGAACAUCUUCCCCAUUUGGGCACUGGGAGAAUAUAGUAGGCAUGUUAUGGGUGCAUAA